AAAUCAUCCACAUUCAAAAAGGAGACCCGCACCUUCUCCAUCCAGUACGGAUCUGGAUCAUGCAACGGUUACCUUGGAACUGAUACUGUUGCCUUCGGAGGACUGACCAUCAAGACACAAGAGUUUGGUGUUGCCACUCAUCUCGCUGAAGUUUUCGGAUACCAACCAGUUGAUGGUAUUCUCGGUCUCGGAUGGCCUGCUCUGGCUGUUGACCAGGUUGUUCCACCAAUGCAGAACCUCCUCUCGACUCUUGAUCAGCCACUCUUCACCGUAUGGAUGGACAGAAAGCUGACCAUCAGCAAUGGUGGAAACGCUGGUCUGAUUACCUAUGGAGCUAUCGACACCAAAAACUGCCAAUCGCAAGUCAACUACGUUCCCCUUUCGGCUGAAACCUAUUGGCAGUUCCCCAUCCAGGGAUUCACUAUCGGAAGCUUUUCAGAGACUAAGAAGGACCAGGUCAUUUCUGACACCGGUACCUCAUGGAUCGGAGCACCAGCCACCGUCAUCACUGGUGUAGUCAAGCAGACCGGAGCCAAAUACGAUGCUACCAAUGAGCUCUACACCGUCGCAUGCUCAACCAUGAAGACCCAACCUGAUCUCGUCUUUACCAUUAAUGGUGUAAAGUACAACGUCCCAUCUGUUGAGUACGUGCUCGACCUUGGGCUCGGAAAUGGAAAAUGUGCCCUCACCUUCUUCAGUAUGAGCGCCGGUGGUUUCGGUCCAGCCUGGAUUCUCGGAGACACAUGGAUCCGAACCUACUGCAACAUCUACGACAUUGGCCAAAAGCGAAUUGGAUUCGCUAAGGCUAACCACUCCGGUCUUUAA